UCAGUGUAUACUUUUAUUUAAAUUUCUCUAAAUACGCUCGCUAUUUUUAGAAGGGGUCUGCUCGACCAGCAGUGAUGUAACAAAGCUCUCCACUGUAGGUAGUACAGUAUUUUUGCUCAGCUGCAAGUCAACCUGCGCCCUUGUGGGAGCUCUCGUUCUCUCAUUGGUCGACGCGCCUGUCAAUCACAACAAGCCACCGAUCUGAUUGGGUUUCAGUAAGCCAACCCGUUUGUGAUUGGUCGGCGUUGACGUCAGUCAGAGCUACGUCCUUGCGUUGCCAAAACGUCUGCUGAGCCCGACGGGUCUCAGGAAGCAUCGUUUCAUAUUUUUGUUGCGACAAAGACGAGAGGAGCGCACGGUUUUUGAGGACAAAAGAUUGAAGAGGAGACACGGAAAUGUCAUUUGAGUGUUUUUGGGGUUGUUCCCGGCGCCGCUAGAGGACUUUAGUGAUGAUUUGGCGGUGAUGUCGGUCUGAUGUUUACUGUUAGGUUUCUCUGACUUCCUCUGGUGCCUCCAGCCCCAACUGCCUACAUUUUAGGCAGAAAGAACACAUUUUUUGUGUUUUUUUUAAAUUAUUUUUUUGCACUGUGUCGUGGCUGGCGACACGCCAACAGUUGACUCUGGAGCAGGACACGGAGGAUAGCAUGGCCAUGACGGGAGGGACGGCAGCUGCCCUUCCCAUGAGCAACCACACCCGGGAGAGGGUGACCGUGGCCAAGCUGACGCUGGAAAACUUCUACAGCACUCUGCUCACGCAGCACGAAGAGCGCGAGAUGAGGCAGAAGAAGCUAGAGAAGGCGAUGGAAGAAGAGGGUCUACCAGACGAGGAGAAGGUAAUGCGGCGCUCGCAGCACGCCCGUAAGGAGACAGAGUUUCUGCGACUAAAGAGGACGAGACUCGGCCUGGACGACUUUGAGUCCCUGAAGGUCAUCGGACGAGGGGCGUUUGGAGAGGUUCGGCUGGUACAGAAAAAAGACACGGGUCACAUUUAUGCCAUGAAGAUCUUGAGGAAAGCGGACAUGUUGGAGAAAGAACAGGUGGCCCACAUCCGGGCAGAGAGGGACAUCCUGGUGGAGGCGGACAGCGCCUGGGUGGUCAAGAUGUUCUACAGCUUCCAGGACAAGAGGAACCUCUACCUCAUCAUGGAGUUCCUGCCGGGAGGCGACAUGAUGACGUUACUAAUGAAGAAGGACACUCUGUCUGAGGAGGCCACGCAGUUUUACAUCGCAGAGACGGUCCUAGCCAUCGACUCCAUCCACCAGCUGGGCUUCAUCCACAGAGACAUCAAACCAGACAAUCUGCUGCUGGACUCCAGGGGCCACGUCAAACUGUCAGACUUCGGUCUGUGUACGGGACUGAAGAAGGCUCAUCGCACAGAGUUUUACCGGAACCUGACGCACAACCCCCCCAGCGACUUCUGUGAGUCGUCCAACACAAACAGACACGAUAGGGGAUCCACAGGGACAGACGUAACCUUUUCUGUUCUGCUUCCUGCAGCUUUUCAAAACAUGAACUCCAAGAGGAAAGCAGAAACCUGGAAGAAGAACAGGAGACAGCUGGCUUAUUCCACAGUGGGAACACCAGACUACAUCGCCCCAGAGGUUUUCAUGCAGACAGGGUACAACAAGCUCUGUGACUGGUGGUCUCUGGGGGUCAUCAUGUAUGAGAUGCUCAUUGGUUACCCGCCCUUCUGUUCAGAGACGCCACAGGAGACGUACAGGAAGGUCAUGAACUGGAAGGAAACUCUCGUCUUCCCGCCUGAAGUCCCAAUCUCAGAGAAGGCCAAAGACCUGAUCCUAAGGUAUUGCACUGAUGCGGAGAACAGAAUCGGAGCGGGCAGUGUCGAUGAAAUCAAGGGGCACCAGUUCUUCGAGUCGGUGGACUGGGAGCACAUCAGGGAGCGGCCAGCAGCCAUUUCCAUUGAAAUCAAGAGUAUUGAUGACACGUCCAACUUUGACGACUUCCCUGAGUCAGACAUCCUCCAACCAGCCAACUCCACAGAACCGGACUUCAAGUCAAAGGACUGGGUGUUCCUCAACUACACAUACAAGCGCUUUGAAGGUCUCACCCAGCGAGGCACCAUCCCCACCUACAUGAAGGCGGGGAAGGCCUGACGCCGCGGGGGGAGGAGGCCGCACCUCGGAGAAAAACUUUACGGACACAGGGUCGGGCCACGGAGCCCCGCUGGUGCUGAAGGCUGCGCCGCUGGCCUGUCGGUGGAACUUAACCCUCAUCCAGAGUUACUUAGGUCUGCAGAGCUGCACGAGAGCAGCCGGAGCUCUCAAACUACGGAGCAUCACCGCAUUACCUCGGUUGUUUGUUUCAUCUGUGCCGUAUUUAGCCAUAGCGCUCAAGCCAGGUCACUAACUAUGACUCUAAAUCAGGAUAUCUGCAUGUUCAGUGGCAUAACCCUCCAGACGGCUUUAUUUAUUAUGGUUUUGGGUUCUAAUCUUACCUCAUUCGGAUGGAGAUGAGGGUUGAAUACCGACCACCGCUUUGUUGGCCUCGCGAGAAUAGUUACUACACUGCUGGCUGAAGCAGCUCACAUGCAAACUGAAGCUCCGUUUACUGUCGUCUAACUCUGGAUGAACCAUAGGAAGCAGCAAGCAGACGCUCUUUACUGUACGGAUGGUUCCAGCAUGAUUCACUGGGCAGUUUCUUUAGACACAUUUUUAUUGGAACAAAUGUGAAGGAGUAUGUGAAGCUGACAAACUGAAAGAAUAUUCUAGAAGAUUUUCUAAAUUCUCCUCUUAAUUUCACCUGAAAUCUCCUAAAUUCAUGUCAUUUUUAGUGAAAUAUGAAUCAAUUUCUUACCUAUUUAUUUCCAAAGGGAUAAUGGUAGAGUUUGCGUGAGAGAACACAAGAAACCAUCUCUUGGUAUAAGGUUAUUAGUAAAGGCUAAAGCUAGCAUCACAGUAAGCAGCAACACAGUUCAGAGACGCAAAACUGCAAGAAAAUUCACUCAUUAGUGACAAUUUUUGUUUGAAAUCGCACCAAAUGUUUUUUUAUGACUGGACUCAAGUAAAUUAGAGCUCAGAUUCACCACUAAUUAAAAAAAAGUUUUUUUUGUUUUUUUUUUUAAUUAGUGACAAAUGUUAGCCAUGAAAGGCCCAGAGCUUAAACCUCCCAAAGAAAUUGGGAAUCACAGAAUUGUUUUGAGAAUUUUAGACAUUUGGGAAACAGUUUGAAGUCUUAGGAUAUACAAAUCAAACAUUUGGAAUAUUUUAGUAAAGAAUACUUGUUUUUUGUUUAGUUGCAUUAAAGUUAAAUAUAUGAAUAAAGAAAAUGACCCAUACAUUUUGCAUUAAACAAUAAUUCGAUCAAUCCAUUUUUAGGGUUUCUAAAGAAUUGUGUUAGAAUCAGUCAGUUACUGCUAGCAUCGACUGGCACCAGCACUGUUUUGUGCUUGCAUUGGUGCUAUUUUAAGUCAAGUUGAUUGGUGCUAGCAUCAUUCAAUUAGUUCCAGCAUCAGUUGGAGCUUGCAUUAGCCAAUGGUGCUACCAUUGAUUAGAGCUAGCUUUAGCCAUUUCUUGCUAAUAUCAGCUAAUUGGUGAUUAGAUCAAUUUGUGUAAGAGUUGAUUGGCACUAGAUGUAGCUAUUUGGAGCAAACAUCGGUCGGUUUGUGCUAGCAUUACCCAUUUUGUGCUAGCUUUAGUUCAUUUGUGGAAGCAUUGACUGAUGCUAGCUUUAGCCAUUUGGUGCUAGCACCACGCAGUUGGUGAUAACAUCAGUCAAUUUGUGCUAGCAUUGAUUAGUACAUUUAGUACAAGCACACAUUAGCCAUGAUGCUAACCUCAGUCGGUUGGUGCUAACAGCAGUCAAAGGGAAUACGAUCAGCUUUUGGCUACAGCCAUCACGAUUCAUUGCUAAUGUGUAAAUCUGCAUUUCCUACUCUCUUCACUCACUCAAUGCAGUAUUUCUUUUAGGAAUAUAUGACGGUCGUACAGCUGUUUUGAGAGUUAGCUGCUAGCUUUGCUCUGGAGUUCCUCCAGUGUCAUUAUGACUUUCUGUGCUUCAUCUCCGAGGCCCCUCAGCCUCACACACGCUGUUGAUGCAAAACCAACAAGAAAACUCUCAAAUCAUGCUGGAACUCUCCUCUAACCCUCAUGGUGGUGCAACACUUCAAAGAUAAGUAGGGUAAACUCAAACAGGUGUAAGGACUGAAGCUGGUGUUUGUUCUCAGUCUAACGUCAUAGCAUCAUUUCUCUCUGAUCGCCGCUGCACUGACGGAUAUUUGCCUGAAUUUUAUCUAGUUAAGGACCCAACGGACGAAACGUUGCAAAGUGCCUUUUUACGUAGCUGAGAAAUCUUCAACCAGAUGUUUAGCUUGAAUUUAGCAGGGAUUAUUAAAGACAUUGGAUAGACUAACAUGAGGGUGUGGAAAGGGGGUGGAGCUUAAAGUUCAGAAGUCUUUUGCAGUUACAAAGCUUAAAAAAGCAACAAGGCGCUGAGAGAACCAGAGAGUUGUAAAAACAGACAAGAAAAUAACUAGAAGAAACAUCCUCUUCAGAUGUUUCUGCGUCUUUGAAGCGCCUGCUAAGUUUUUAUCAAACGUGGGCAGGAACUUGGACCCGACCUGCUCCCAGGUGUGACUCUGCACAGCGCCAUAAAGAGUUACCAAAGAACUGGAAAUCCUCACCUGUUCUGAAAACUUCAGAUGUAGCCGUGGCUUACUGCACUUAACGUUAAACUACCUAAAACAAACAAAAGGGGAGGGGACAACUGUGUAGAACGCAGGGCCGACCGCGCCUCAGUAGAGUGUCAUGCUGUAGCUGUGCUUUCAGAAACAAGUCCUUCAUCGUCUGCCUGUAAAUCUGGAGUCACAGAGUCUGAGUGAUGAGAUUUCAAGGGUAAAAGUGUGUUUGCUUUUGUAUUAUUUAUGCUGUUUUAAAUGUGUUUGAGUUAGCUGUUCUCCACUGAAAGGGUACUCUUGAUCCGCCUUGCACUACUGUAAAAUGGCCGACCCGUUUGCGAUGCCAAACGAUACAGCUAGGCUUCCUGUCGUUGCUCCACGUGCUCCAAUCUUCCAAACGCAGGAGGGAGUCAGACACCUGAGUGACAUCACUGUGACAUAGUCUGGGUGUUGUUUUUUAAUGGGAAACUUAGCCCCGCCCCCUCACAUAUGACCAUUGACUGUAUUUGAAGACUGGACUGAGUGACAUGAAUUCAGCCUCCUUUUUCCGUGUUACAGACGCCCCCAUGUUCAAACCUCAGUAAAAGGGAUUAGUCCGAAUCAGUCGAGUCGAUGUUUCUACGGCAACCACUCUCUCCAAUCAAGAGUGAGCUUGUUUGAUGGCCACACCCCUUCCAGUUUAAAGAGAGCAGCGCAAAACCUGUCAAACGUUUUGAGCGUUCGAUGUGAAACCACCCACUUUUAUGAGGAAUCUGACUGGUCACUUUAUAACUUAAAUAACUUAAAUUAAAAGGUGAAGAUUAUCAAGAAGAUGUAUCAGAUUAAGAUGAACUAUACUGAUAAAUAGAAUGACUGAGCACCAGCUGUUUAUUUCUCUGUAGAAGUCUGUGGGUUUUGGCUUCUUGGAACCAGCAGGUACUUCCUGUUUGGAAUACCAGGGUCGCUCAGUCCAGUUCUCAUGUACAGUCAAUCCAUGUGACCCAAGGGGUGACAAGGAAGCUGUGGAGGAUGGAUUCCUCCUGGCCCAGAUUUUUACAGAACUCAUUGGAACUUUUAAAUUUAAAAACACUGUUUUUAUUUUGGCAGGACAGAAGAGGAAGUGAACAACUCUGUUUAUACAGAGAUGACUCAAAAUGCAAAGUAGUAAGCUGAAUAUGAGACGUUUUUUGUCAAAUUUAAACCAAGUGUGGACAUGUUUUUUUUGUAGAUAAGUAAUGUGUGAUGGACCAAACCGGCUCGCUGGCGCCCCCUGUAGGCAGAUCCCGGUAAAUCAGAUAUAAUGCAGUCAGUACAGAGACAGCAGGGACCUGUGCGUUUUAAAAAAUGAAUUUUAAGAAGGCGGAUUUAGUAACCUGAAUUAAGUUUCCGAUGAUUGGGCAUAGAUAACCUCUAAAUUCCCUCCACAGUCAGGACUGUGCUGUUAUGUUGUGAGGUAGCUGUGUAAUUGUGUUAGACACUUCAAGUCUGUGGAAGGAAGAAGGCAGAUGCUCAUUCAUGUGCACAUUCACCGUUUUUAUGUUGAAAAAAUGCACAAUAAUAAAAAAAUUAUUUAAGUCAA